AUGUCAUCUAUUGUAGUCAAUCAACUUACAGCAAUCUCACCAGUCGAUGGUAGAUAUUGGGACAAGUGCGCACCACUGAGCGAUUACUUCUCAGAGUACGCUUUGAUCAAGUAUAGAGUGUUGGUCGAGAUCGAGUACUUUAUCAGCUUGACAAAGGUGCCAGAGAUCACACCAUUGGCAGCACUCAACAACGAGCGGAUGCAUCAACAGCUGCGCACUAUUUACACCAACUUCACGCAAGACAAUGCGUUGGCCAUCAAGCAGAUCGAGAAGACCACCAACCACGACAUAAAGGCCGUCGAGUACUUUAUCAAGUCGAUCCUGACUGCCGCCCCCUACAGCUUCAGCGAGGCCAUCACCGAGUUUAUCCACUUUGGUCUCACCUCGCAGGACGUCAACAACACUGCCAUCCCUCUGUCGAUCGUCAAGGCCGUCGACGAGGUGAUUGUGCCCGCACUCGACACUGCCAUCAUGCAGCCACUGCAGCAGCUUGCCACCUCAACAAGGAUGGUGCCAAUGCUGGCGCACACUCACGGCCAGCCCGCCACGCCCACCACCGUCGGCAAGGAGUUCAUGGUGUUUGUCGAGCGUCUGCAGGGCCAGAUCGCCCAGCUGCAGGCAUGCCCACACACCACCAAGUUUGGAGGCGCCACCGGCAACAUGAACGCCCACUUUGUCGCCUAUCCCACCGUCGACUGGAUCCAGUUUGGCCAGCAGUUUGUCACAUCACUGCACCCACGUCUGAAGCGCUCGCGCUUCACCACUCAAAUCGAGCACUACGACAAUCUGGCCGCCCUGUUCGACUCACUCAAGCGCAUUAACACCAUCCUGAUCGACCUGUGCCGCGACGUCUGGACCUACAUCUCCAUGGAGUACUUUGGCCAGCGCGUCAUCAAGGGUGAGGUUGGAAGCUCAGCCAUGCCACACAAGGUCAACCCAAUCGACUUUGAGAACGCCGAGGGCAACAUGGGUGUCGCCAACGCACUCUACGAGCAUCUCGCCGCCAAGUUGCCAAUCUCUCGUCUGCAGCGCGAUCUCACCGACUCGACUGUGCUCCGCACCGUCGGUGUCCCAUUGGCUCACUCACUGCUCGCCUUCAAGUCCGUGCAGCGUGGAAUGAGCAAGCUGGUGCUCAACGAGGCAUCAUUGCAACACGACCUCGAUCAGAACUGGGCCGUCAUCUCAGAGGCCAUCCAGACCAUCCUUCGUCGUGAGGGAUAUCCCAAGCCAUACGAGGCACUCAAGGAGCUGACGCGUGUGUCUGGUGCCAAGAAGGUCACCGCCGCCGACCUGCACGUCUUUAUCGACACCCUUGCCGUCACUGACAGUGUCAAGCAGGAGCUCAAGGCAAUCACUCCCUUCAACUACCUUGGAAUCAUUCCAGAGUUCUAG